CUACCGACAUCAACGACGAGUAUCUAAAAAUGGCGGAGAAAAUAACACGAGACAGCUUGGAACAUUUUUGUCGCGGUAUAAUUGAUGUGUACGGUGCGCGUUAUCUUAGAACGCCUACAUGGGAGGACCUUCAAAAGAUCUACGAGGUACAUAAUGCCGAGCAUGGUUUGCCUGGUAUGAUCGGGAGCAUAGAUUGCAUGCAUUGGCGUUGGGAUAACUGCCCGACUGCAUGGCGAGGCCAACACACACGUGGUGACCAAAAAGGCCCCACUAUUAUUCUUCAGGCGGUUGCUUCACAGGACCUUUGGGUUUGGUCGGCUUACUUUGGCGUGGUCGGGUCAUGCAAUGAUAUCAAUGUUUUUGAACAAUCGCCGUUGUUAGAAGAGUGGAUUUCUGGCAAAGCUCCAAAAGCGUCGUUUUACGCAAAUGAAAACUACUACCCUCAUGGAUAUUAUUUGAGCGACGGUAUGUGA